UUAGGAAAAAAAUUCAACAGAAGUUCAUGUGCUAAAUAAAAUUGAUCUGCAAAGCCACAAAAUUUUAUUUCAUCCACAAUAAAAUUAAGCUUUUUCCAAGGCAACUAAUAACUAAGAUAUGAAUUUUAUAAUAGCAUCUUUUUUUCUUUUUUUCUCAGGUAAGAAGGAUGCGGGUGACAAGUUUGAUCGCGCCCAGUGGAAGGCUAUGCAGCAGACCAUGAGCGACACCACCAAGUUUGUAGACAUGUUGCACAAUGUAUCAUGGGAAGACGGUCUGUCUGAGGAUGUGCGAAGGGCUGUGGAGAGUUACCUUGCCGUCUCCAGAGAGGGUCAGCUUGGUAUCACAGGGGAGGGAACUCUUCUGGACAAUGCACAGGACACAACAUUUGCUGCCAAAAAGAGAACUCCAUCACCAGAUGGCACCAAGGGAAUCACCAUCGCCAGUGCCAAAUAUAGCAGUGAAGACUGCGCAACCCUGGUACAGUACACCAUCGCUAUUGUCGAGUACACUCGUCUGUGUGGCCCACUCAAAGUGUCACUCGAGAAACUCCAUGAGCUGGAACGAGAGAUUGAGGAAAAUGAACGUCUUCAGAAGGAAAGCCAAGAAGAGGUAUGAAUCUC